CCCAAGGCGGAGAGAUCACCGAGCAGGGCCGUCAUUAGCCUCGGCCCCCGCGGUCAGGACGCAGCCGGCAGGGCGUGGUGGUCCGGUUCGCAGCCGCAGGAUGGAGAGCGCCGGGGCCAGCUGUGCCUCUGGAGGAAGGCGAGAUCCUGACGUUGUCUGCGAAAAAUACUUGUUUAGAGGCAAGCUGCCAGAGCUCCUCUCUCAGCUGGCUUGCAGUCACCACCUCUGUGCUUUCCCUGUGAAUUGCAAGGACUUGUGCAUCUGGAACACAGCCACUGCUCAGUCAUUAUAUUUGUCAGGGCAUCAUUACUCAAUUUCUGCAUUGUCAUUUGGAAGUAAAAUCAAUCCUCUUCUUGUCUGCUCUGCUUCRCCUGAUCAUGUGAUAGUAUGGAAUCUUGACGAAUGUACAGAGAAAGUGCAAGAAGGGUUUGCACCUCGAGGAAUCGUUAUAGGAACUCUUUUGAGAAUGGUUCGUCAUGUAAGAUUUAGCCCAGAUGAUCAACAAGUGGCAGUAUGUUCUGAAAAUCAAAUCUACAUAUUAAGUGCAAAGAAUGAAUCUAUACUAGCUGAAUUGGAUGGCCACUUGGCUCCAGUGACUGCUGCUGAGUUUUGUACAUGGGAGAAAAGUAUGCUCGUAUCAGUGUCAGAAGACAGAACCUUUAAGGUAUGGGACUAUUCUACCAGCCAGUUAAUAUAUCAGUCAGGAAUAAUAACAGCAGCAUUUCCUUUGCUAAGUCUCCUCAUUGAUGAAGAAAACAAACAGAUUAUCACUGGAUGUGCUGAGGGACAGCUUUGGAUCUUCAGUUUAAUCAGUGAUCAUAAUUACCGUUGUGUAGUACAUAUCGACUUAAAGAAAGAGCAAGAGAGAUUCUGUAAUAAAUUGAAGAAAUCUGGCAAAGAAAUAGGAGAAGGGCAAAAUAAUUCCAAGCUUUGUGACAAAGACAACACUAGACCAAAAGGAUCAGUGGAAACAUCGUUGCCUAUCCUCUUAAUUGAACAUUGUGACUUUUUAGUAGGUUUCCAUAAAGAAGACAGCAUAUUUUCUUCCCUGCAUAGUAGAUAUUUUUGGAUAGGAACCUCUACGGGCUUGUUAAUAAUUAAUUUGGCAAACUUUGAAUUAGAAGCUUUUUUAUCUUACAGAGAGUACAGUGACCUCAGCAUUCAGAUUGCCAGAUCAUAUGCAUUAACAAGGAAGGGAGUUAAUGGAAAGGUUUUAUGCUUGAUCACCUCAAUAUUUGAAGAUAUGAUUGCUGUGUUGGAAGUUAACCUUGCUGCAUUGGUGAGAACUCAGCACAGUGAUUUUCUCCCACGUGGAAAUGAGAAACGUCUAUCGGUUAUUGCCAGGUGCACUUUAUUGGCAAAUUCUCCAUUGUGUAAAGGUUUCAAGAAAAACAUGAAAGAAUCUUUUAGUAAAACACAUGGAGUGAAGAGCACAGUGAAAGACCAACCACUGGUUUUCCAUAAUAAAAUUAAGUCAUCAGGAUAUACAGCAGCUCCACGAAUGACCAYGUUUUCUCCAAAUACUAACCUGAAAAAGAAAGAGCCAUCAAAGUGGAAAACUAGCUGUAAAUGUGAAAAUAAAGAAUAUCCAUUGGAAAGUCAUCCUCCAAUCAAAUAUGAGAAAGAGAUAUCUGUUACUUGUAAACCAACCCCAAUUUUUUGUGUUCAGUAUUCUGGGGGUGGAGAACUGCUGGUUUGUGGCCUGGCUGACAAAACUGUGAUGAUAUUCAAUUCCAAUCUUACUGAUGUGCAUAAUGUUUUUUCAGGUCAUGAUGGUGCAGUUAAUUCUGUUGGCUGGAGUCAUGACAAAAAGUGGUUAGUUUCUGCAUCAGAAGACAGAACUUUAAGGGUCUGGUCAGUCUGCAAUAAGGAACCUGCCCUGAUUCUGGGUAAAGAGAAGUUCCAUAAGACUGUACGCUUUGCACAGUUUUAUUAUCUAGAUACAUUUAUAUUGCUGUGUUGUGGAGCUGAAUUUCAUCUAUUAAGUUUCCACCUAGACACAAAGAAGGAUGACUUGAAACGAUACAAACAGAAGAGUGUUUGCAAAUUGGUACAGAAUUUUUCCAUGGCUUCAGCAAUGGAGAUUACGAGCCUUUCAGCAGUAAAUGAGUUCUAUUCUUAUAUUGUACUUACAGCUGGCAGCAACCGAGCACUGGAAGUUUUUGACCUCAAUGCAGGCUGCAGCACAGCAGUGAUACAGGAAGCUCAUACUAGAUCAGUCCAUCAGAUCUGCCAAAAUAAGGGAUCGUCCUUCAGCACUCAGCAACCUGAAGCUUACAACCUUUUCAUGACCACAGCUGCAGGUGAUGGCAUCAAACUGUGGGAUUUAAGAACACUGAGGUGUGAACGUCGUUUUGAAGGACAYAGCAGCCGCUGCUAUCCAUGUGGAAUUGCAGUGUCUCCCUGUGGACGCUUUAUAGCCAGUGGAUCAGAUGAUAGAUAUGCUUACAUAUAUGAAAUGCAUUCAAGCACUUUUUUACAUAAACUGGGAAGGCACACAGAAUCUGUCACCAAUGUCACUUUUAGUCCCUCAUCUCCACAGCUCACCACAGCCACCUUGGAUGGCAAACUCCGAUUGUUUCUACCCUGAUACUUGCCAACCUGUGGAACUUUGGCCGUGGUACUCUGAGAAUAACGAUUUGCUGAGAGAAAGGAGACUGGUAACUGGCCAUAAGCAAAUGACAUAAUAUUCCCUUUUAAACUACAGUUUUCUUCUGACUUUAUUUUCUCAAGCUGGAAGUUCCUCAAGCUGGUUCUCGAAGUUUUUUCUGUUGUUCUAACCUUUACUGCAAAAAUUAAGAAAAGAAGGAGAUUACAUAUUUUGCCUUCAUUCUCGCAAAUCAAGGCAGAAGUAGCUUUCAAAGGGCUUCUUGGGUGCUUAUAGUGAAAUGUAUUCUGUAGUGCUUUGCUAGAUUGGGACCACUUUAGACUGAAAAUGCAAGUAAAAUGACAAGUGUUCCAUUAUUAAAGCUAGAUCUAUUUGUGAAAAGCUUUUAAAUUAUUCUGAAAGAGAGGACUGUAUGUCUUUCUGAAAUGCCAUGAGAGUCCUUCUGUUAUGCUUCUUUGCGGUUACUGGAAUCAGCAGGGAUGUUGUUUGAAGGGAGAAUUUUACUGGUUUACUGUUUAUACUGCAUUCUGUAAUUUUCUUAGGGAAUAUGUGACAAAUAUCUUCUCUUYGAAAGAAAC